AUGAUGAACAACAACGAAGUUCCUGAAUUAUUUGGGUUUGUGAAGGAAGCGUCAUCGUUCUCUCCUCAAUCUCUGGCUUUGCCUUUGUAUUCGGAGUUCAAGUACCCAUCUGACAAGGAGAAUGAACCUGCUCUUGAAGGAAUCGCUGCUGUUGUCGGCCGACACGUUCUUUUCGGGACCGAUAAAUCAGUUACCAUUUCGUCUUCGCAGCAUUUCGGGGCUGAUUCAGUGAAGAAAAGUUACAGAGGGGUGAGGAAGAGGCCGUGGGGUCGGUGGUCGGCUGAGAUUCGUGACCGUGUAGGGCGGUGUCGGCACUGGCUUGGCACGUUCGAUACGGCUGAAGAGGCGGCGAGGGCUUACGAUGCGGCGGCGAGGAGACUCAGGGGGUCUAAGGCUAGGACUAAUUUUGAGAUCCCUUCUCUGUUGCCGGACUUUUCUCCAUCAUCGUCGUCGUCGUCUUCAUCCUCUGGUUCUUCGUCGCCUUUGGGUAAGAGGAAGUCAGGUUCAGGUAGUAAGGGAAAGGCUAGGUCUAGCCGGUGUAAGAGUAACAGAGCAUGUGCCGUGGUCACCUCUGUGGCUCAUCUUUUCAGUUCCAUUGACACUGCCACUGCUACUGUGAGUGAUGAAGGAAGAAAUCUUGGUAAGGUAGAGUUGGAUUUGGGGUUAGGUGUGGGUUUCUCGAAUAUCAAGGCAGGAACUUGUGCUAUUACUGCUACUUGGAUCUAG